GGAACAUUGAAGAAUCAAGGUCUGUCCACACUUAACUUACACACACAUACACACACUAUAAUUAAGUGCCUCCCUUCGCGUCACGCACACACACACACCGAGAGAAAAACUCGCGUGUCACAUCCAUCCAUCCAUCCGUCCGUCCAUCCGUCCGUCCAUCCACCCACCCACCACAUGGCAGCUCAGUCUGUCAUACAGGUGUACACUGACUGGUCCGUACACUCGCUGCCCACGGAAUGGGGUGGAUCGAUCGACGGCACCGCACCCUCACCGACACAACACACGCAAUCUGAUCUGCACACACCGAGCACCCGAAAAAGGCGCGGCGCAGCCACAGUAAGCCAACAAGCACUCAAAAAGCAGUCAGCAGCCCGAUCGAUCGGAUUCAUCACAUCAAUCAAAUGGCGCUUCUGCCGGUCUCCCCCUGGCCCCCGCUGUCCUGACUCAUCUCGUUGUUCAUAUCUGACGACGGCGACAUUUCCUCGUCGGCCUCCCGCCCGCUCGACUCACUGCUGCCACUGGGGCCCGCUGGCUGUCUUGUCAAUGUCGACGGCUCGCCGUUGAGGCCGACAGUGCCGUUCAUGGCGUGGCCGCGGCUGAGGGGGUUAGAUGAGAGGUCUAGAAGGUUGUGGGAGGGGGGUUGCGGGGCGACGGGGCCUUUCUUGCCGCCCACUGCCGCUGGUGCUGCUGCUGAUGGUUCGACGUAGUGCAGCAUCCGCCCGGACGGCCGCAUCGAUGAGCGGUGCUGUCUUGGCGGGCCGUCGGAGUCGGAGUAUGGGGCGGCGUCUGGGAGCCUUUCCAGGUCGACGUGGUCGUCCUUUGGGGUGCGCCUGCCGACCAUCUCGGGAGAAAUUCCCGGAGGAGGAGAUAUGACUGGAUGCACGCCUGCAUGUUCGAACCACACGCACACAUACACACCCACACACAGCCAUUAGAAUGCGCGUGUACGUCUGCCCCUCUUGGUGUGGGGGUGGUGUGCUUACUGAGUCUGGCGUCGGCUUGUCUAGGGUCGUAGGAUCUGUGUGAAGGUGAUGUUUCCAUUUCUACGAAGCUGCCGCGGCCGCCCCGGCCGCUGUUGAUGUGGAACGAUGAGGACGGAGAGGGACCGCGGGACACACUCCCUGAUCGAGAUGAUGCCAACGCACACACGCACGCACAGAGCAGAGAGUUCAUGCAGCGCCUGGCUUGUCUCGUUGUGUUUGUGUGCAUCUCCCUCCUCCCUACCUCGGCCUGUUGGCGCGUUAGUGAAGAUCUUCCGCAUGAACCUGAUGUAAAGGCACGUUCGUAGCACGACGAUCAGUGGCAACCGACAGCAGCGUGCCUUUGCCUUUCUGGUUGGUUGGUUGGCUCACUCUCUGUCGACUCUGAAUAUGGCCCGCUUGAGGCAACCACACUGCCCUGCACACACACACACACACACACACAUCCAUAGGCCCAACACCCACCCACUCUCAGGCAUAAUGCCCUCACCCACCCCACCCCGCCGACCUGAGGUGAGCGACUCGGUCGUCGGCCGGAUCAGCUCGUACGCACAUGACUCCCUGAAGACAGCCACGCACGCACGCAAGCAGUACCGGAUGAUUGUCAUUGUCAGUCCGUCAAUCGGCUGGCUGUACUUUUCAUUGUACUUUUCAAAGACAUCCAGCUUUUCGAAGAUCGGCACACUCACAGAGCCUGGUUGGCACACACACCACACACACAGUGCGGCCGUGUUUGCUUAUUGAUUGUGGCUGGGCUGGGCUGUCCGACCGAUGCCGACGAUUGUGAAGAGUGCGUAGAAGAGGGUGAUGGUGAGCAGGGCGGGGCCGCCCUCCUCCUUGAAGUCAUGACGGGCACGCAACGAUAGUGCGAACGCUGAGGAAGGAAGAAGUAAGCGACCACACACACAGACAUAGAGGUCGUCAGCAGCACUGACUGCAGUUGAUAAUUCCUCACCGAUGGCGCCGCGAAGACCACCAAUGACCAUUAUGUGCUGAAAGAAAGAGAGAAGUCCCACAGUGCGUCAGCUGUUCUCUUUGGUUGUGGUGCACUGACUUGGAAGUUUCUGGGUAUCUUGGUGGAUGUCCUGAAGAGGUUGACAAAGAAGGCCGUCGCGUAGACCGAUAUGAUCCUGCCCAUCGUGACGUACAACAGAGUGCACACCAGCAACAUCGGCACACUGCGCACACACCGCACACACAACACAGAACAAAUACGAUGGAUGGAUGGAUGGAUGUGUCUGUGCAUCUGUCGGUGGUCAUUCAUGACAGACUGACUCCCAAGUCUGAUUGAAGGACCACACGGCCAGCCCAAGGAACACAAACACCACACUCUCGGCCAACAGAGCCAAGGCAGAGAACACACCUGCACAGAGAGAGAGAGAGAGAGUAUUGUGGCACGAUGGAUGCCUCGGUUGGUUGCCGUAGUUAGUGUAUAUUCUCUCACUCACUGUGUCCAAGGUUCUGCGCCGAGUCAGAGAGGUUUGGGUAGGUGUAGUGGGCCAUCACGAUGCCGCAAAAGAGGAUGGCCACAAUGCCGGAAUGACCGAAACCCUGCAGGCAUCGUAAGAUGAGAUGGAUGGAUGGAUGUCUUCUGGUUGUCUCUGUGCACCGUACGUCAGCGACAAGGUAGGCGAUCCACGGGAAAAUGAGGAGCAGCGACGCCUCCAAUACCUGCACACACAUAUCCGUCCCAGGCAGGCAGGCAGCAUGGGUGUGUGAGUGGGCCUGUCACUCCCUUACUCACCCACCUGGUUCUCCACUUUGUGCAGGUCCAUGUACUUGUACGUCUGCACCACAGACAGACAGACAGACAGACACACACACAGACAGAGGGAAAAUUGGCUGUGUAUGGCGCCGUGGCCCUCCCUCCCCCCUGCCAUGAAGACGUACCAGUGCUGAUAUGAGUCCGACGGCCACCCCAAUGACGAAUGACGACGCGAACACCACCAGGAACGACACCGUGGCCCUCCAGAUGUCAGUCGAACUCUCAGACACUAUCGUCCUGACCAGACCACACACAAUAGCCCACACAGGAACGCCCACACAGGAACGCACCGCCGUGUGGGUGGGUGCAAUAGGCUGCCUGCCUGACUUGGGUGUGUGGGUGCGUUGGCCUCACCUGUAUAGGACGAUAGCGAUGGCAUCAUUGAGCAGACUCUCACCGAAAAUCUGUAUGUGUGGAUUGGAUACGCAAGCCACUGUGCGUGGGGGGGUGGGCCGAGCAGGAUCUCUGUGCUAUGUGAUGUGCUAUACCAGUGUGUAGAGCACGGCAUCGGCAUUCAUCUCCUUGAAGAUCGCCAACACGGACACUGCAGUCAAUCACACACACACACAGACACACACACACGAAUCCACCCACAUAGAAAUGCACGGCACGAGCCCUUCCUUCCACUGACUCACCAGGGUCAGUGGACGAGAUCAGCGCCCCGAAUGCGAAGCUCUCCUGCAGAGUCAAUGCCUGAGCCAUCGACACACAGACAGACAGACAGAUACACACGUCAGCAAUCGUUGCCGCAAUGGUCAAUGGGGUGCGUAGCUAUCGGGCCGCCCUGUCACUGCUGACCUUGCAGAUGCCAAUCUGCCCCGAGAAGAACAUCAUGGCCCCGACCCACACAAACGACAUCUGAACACACACCCACACACAAAGCACUGAUACGUUUGCCCGACAGUCAUUUUCUGACUGGCUGACCAGGGUUGCGAAGAGUGCGAACCAUAGGAUAGCCCCGAAGUGUUUGAAGAACAGACGGGCGCGGUUGCCGGACAUCGAAAAGCCACUGAGCCAACAGACGUGAAGGUAGGCAGCACACAACGGGGUGAUUGUGCGGCAAUCGGCGUGUGAAGGCGUACCUUUCGAAAAUGAUGGGCGGCAGCAACAGGAUGAAGAACACAUCAUCGUUGAAGGCCAAGAUGUUCUCAAGUAUCGUUUCCUGAUCCCUCACAGACGGACAGACAGACAGUAUGGCCAAACACACAAGCACUCUCCCUCCCUCCCUCCCCCUUCCACCCACCCACCUGUUUGUAGACGUAUUUGAGCAUGGCCCCCGUGAUAAGCCCCAGGAAGGUGGCCCACACAGGCAGCUGCAGCCACUUGACCUUCAGCUUCUUCAACACAUGCGCACCGAAGAGCGACACCACCAGUAUGAUCAGCAGCAGCAGCAGCCCUGUCGACACCACCACCUCCUUCUCCUCGCUCUUCAAUAGCUCAAGCGGCGGGGGCGUAUCCUCAUCAACCGACUUGGGCGGCGUCGUGGGGGUCGCCGUCGCCCAUGCCGGCGGGUCCAGCGCCUUGAUGACCACUAUCACGGGCGGCACACCCAUGCCCAGAGUGGUGUUGAGGUAAGCCAGGCCGGCGUCAUUCAUCAGAGGGGCAGUGGAGUCGUUCAAGUGUUGCAGCACCGACCAUGUGGCGUUGGUGGAGAGAGUCUCGUUGAGCUGGCCCAGUGUCUGUGACACCACUGACGCCACGUUGGGUGGGAGCGUCGGCUGGGGCUGUGCGGCCGCUGCUGCUGUGGUCGUGUUUGUGGCGUCCGUGGCGUUAGACGCGGCUGCAUCGGCAUCGGCUUCUUCCUGCUGUUCUUCCUGGUCCUCUGGCGGUUUGUCCUCCCCGCUGUCUUCAUCGCCUUCACCGGCGUCCGCUGUGUCAGUUUCGGGCUCUUCAUUUUCUGCAUCUUCUCGUCGAUUCUCUGGUGCUGCAUCUUCUUCGCGUUGUCCACCCAUCUGGAAUAAGCCCGUAUGGUCCUCGGAGCCCAGCAGGUCAGAAACCACCGCAGCCAUCGCAUCCACGACACUGGUAGAUUUCGCGAUUUCUUCAGUUCCUUCGCUCAUAAGACGGUCAAAGGGAUCCACAAGGCUGUCGUGCAGAGCUGGUUCGCGUUCUCCUCACCUGC